GUGGAGACAGCGCAGAUGCAGGCAGACUCCAGGAUGGGCAGGAUGGAGGAGUCGAUCGCGGAGUUGCAGAAGAUGCUGGGGAUCAUGCGUUCGAAGAAGCCACCAGAGCCAGCCGCCCAUGUUCCAAACUCGUUCGGCCGCGCUCCUGACCCAUGUAUCAUCGUGGCGCGUGCGAGGACCAACGCCGCCAAGCAGCAGAUGACACCUGCUCUUCGCGCGCGGCUUCAGCGCGCAGCCCUACCUGAAGAGGAGAUCGAGAUUGAAGGACCGCAGCAGCGGGAGCGAUUCCAGACGGCAGACGUCGAAGGGGCCCCCGUCGAGAUUCAUGCGUCGUCGGACAAGUCACAGUGUCAGUUCCAGAAAGAGAUGCUCCUCAAGCAGAUCCGUCGA